GACGUGUCUCUCCCACUUCUUGGCAAAGUCGAGUGUCUUUAACAACACACGGACGGAAUCUUCUCUCCCCACAGACUUUUUCUCUGCUCCUCCGUCGAGUAAAACUAUCGCACCUUUUCCGAUCUCAUGCCAGUCACAACCCCGUUCCCAGACUCGAAAGUUCCCCUUGCAUCGUCAAAAAUAUACACAAAGGAGAGAGAAACUUCGCAGAAACUGAAAUCUACUCGCGACACUGUUCUUUGGUUGUCGAACGAUUUCAACGGGAAAAAACAACAAUAUUCUUGUGUUUCGUUUUCCGCUUCGGUGAUUCCAUUGUUAUUUUUCCUCCCCGAAAUUCGGUCACUCGCUGGUGUCUCGGUGUGUUUUACUGAGAAAUAUCGAGAGCUCAAAAUGAGACGAAAAGAACUUUUGUGCCUCGUGUGGGCGGUCGUGUUUACCAAUUUUAGUGAUUCUGUCGCUGGCGAUGCGGAACCGGCGAUUUUACAAAACUCCCCGGAUCUUGCGCAUCUCAGGCCGUUUCAGUCACGACUUCAACCGGAUCCACGUCCAAGAUUGUCCUCGUCACAACAGCAGCAGAUUCUGAGCGACGUGCAGCAACAUCAGAGACGUUACAAUCAAGCGAGUCAGGAUAGUCCUUCCCAGUUUGUAGCGUUUCCGGGUUUGAGCCGUCAAACGUCGCCAAAGUCAGAGUCGAUCGAGCAGUCGAGUUUUCCCUCGUUGGCUAAAUAUCGCGUCGAUCGUACGAAGCAGGAACAACAAAAACUCCAACAGCAGCAGCAGCAGCAGCAGCAAAUCGUUAAAAACGACGGGGGAAUAAAUUUCCUGCAGACAGCAGCGACUCAGCGAUAUCAGCCGCAGUUGAGGCAGCAACAACUGGUCAACCCCACGAGCCAACGAUUCUUCGAUUACCAAAGCAACGGACAACAGCCGGCUCCGAGCGAGUCGGUGUUCGAAGAGGAACAAAAAAUUCGGCUCAACGAGUACUACGAGAAACAACGACAGUUGGAACUGCUGAAAAAACAACGGGAGCAAUUGAUCCUCGAGCAGCGAGAGAUCAAGAGGCAACAAGAAUUGUUGAAACUCCAACAGAUCCGACAGCAGACCUCGACGACGAGAUUCACCACAGCGGCGCCAACGAGCCCGACUCUCUACGUGACGACGUCAUCCCCUCUGCUGCUCUCGUCGCCGACUGCUCGAAGAAUAACACCAGCAGAAAGCGAAUUGUUUCUCAAGGCUAUCGCGACCCAUCAGAAGAAAUUCACGACAACGACAACAGCCAGGCCGGUACCUACGACGACGACGAGAGCCGCGAGUCCUCCGAAGGUCCGUCAGGAACGGCUCCAAGAGCACGGAAACACCGACGAGAUCCCGAAGGACCUUUUGUCCUUGAUCCAAGCUCAGCAACCUCAACUGCUCGCUUCCGGUGGCAAGAAACCCCAGAUAAAAAUAAUUUAUCAAACAGAAAAGCCCACGCAGACUUCCGUCACUUCCUCGUCGAGGAGUGCGGCCUCGUCAACUCCUUCCCCCCCCUCGUUGGAGAACGAACUCCUCCUGAAACAACUGAAGCUCGCACUAGCGCAAUCGGCCGACGACGAUCAGCGGAACGUCACCACGAGAGACCUCGUGCUUCCGAACGGCAAGAAACUUCAGCUGAUCCAGUCCCCGAACGGGCUUUCCUCCAUCGUCCCGAACGACGGCUCCAGCCAAUUUCAAACAGUGACGAAAGCGCUCGAAGCUACGACCUCGACGACGACGAUCCGACCCGCCAAGGCGAUCCUCGACGAGUUGACCAAAGGGGUUCUGCCUCCCGGUGCAGACUUCGAAGUUUUACGGCACAAGGACGACGGCAAAUUGGAGGAGGUCGGCAAAUCACCGAUCCACAACCAACCCGGGAAAAAAGUCACUUUCGUCGUCCUCGAGGAACAACCCGACGGCAGCUACAAAGUCCAAGGCGUCAAAGGAAACGCGAAAGAAAACGGCGCCGACGUCGACUCCAUCGUCGAAAAAAUCAAAAAGGGCGAACUCAAAUUACCCCCCAGAAACUCACCCAAUUUGACAUCCGCAGCUUCCUCCACCUCCAACGUCCUCGCCAACAAAGAAACUACCACGCUCAAAAGCUCAACUUACUCCACAACUUACUCCAAAGAGACGAACGCUCUUCCAACCACUUUCAGACCAACCACCAUCAGGCACAACAACGCUCCGCUCGCCUCCAGACUCAAAGAAAGCUCAUCGUCCUCAGGAUAUUUUCCGUACGUAACUGUAUCGCCGAAUUCAAUAUCGUCGUUGGACAAUUACGUAACUUCAGCGUCAACGACGAGCCCUCACGUUUUCAAUUCGCUGGUCAAUACCGCAAGCACUCCUCGUGCUCCGACAUCGCGGUACGAGGGCGAUCAAAUAUCCUCGAGAUUCACGACAGCGAGUAUCGUCGAACCGUCAAGAGUUCCCACGUAUUCGACAUUCGCGCAAUUCAACGAUGGCCCGAGCACGACGAGUUCACCGGCUUUCUCAACCACCGCUUUUCCUCGGACCACUUCCUACGCACAUUUUUCAUCAAACAGUCCAAGCACCACGAGAGCGGCCGUCGCCAAUUCGAGCCCCAAUUUCAGCGGAUCUCAGACUUCCGAAAAUCUCGUUCUCGAUGAUUUCCAAUUGAGAAGCACCGUACCGAGUUUCCUUGAAAGUGGACAAAAUUUGAUCAGCCAACGCGAGAGCAUGUCCGGGCUCCUCAGACGCGAAGGACUUUUCGCUAUGGCCAAAUAUCUCAGACAGUCCGGGCUCGACAUUGUGCUCAAUGAAACCGGUCCGUACACCAUAUUCGUCCCGACUGACAAAGCUUUUCGGACUCUGUUGGUACAGCUCGGUGGACCCGAUAAAGCGGAACAAAAGUUCCGUGAAAAUCCUCGACUUUUGAGCGGUUUGCUUCUCCACCACGUGAUCCCAGGAGCUUUUCGAAUGGAUACGCUUCAAGACGAAAUGACCGGGGUCAGUCUGGCUGGAACACAAUUGCGCGUUAACGUUUACGACAUGCACGAUCACGAGUGGAAUGAUGUAAAGGUGACUACGAUAAACGGCGCAAAAGUGGCGCCGAAUAAGCGGGACAUUGAAAUCCCGCAGGGUAUUGCCCACGCGAUCGACAGAGUAAUGUUUCCAUUGCCGGUCGGCGAUCUCACCCAGACGCUGCAAGCCGAUCGUGAGAGGCGAUUCCUCACUUUUCUGAAGAUCCUUCAUGCCUCAGGUCUCGAGGAUACACUCGCUGGAACUAAAACGUUCACGGUGUUCGCACCGACGGACACGGCGUUCGCAAACGCCGCUGCCCAAAACGGACGACCCGUUUGGAUCGAAUCGGACGGUCCCGAGGCUGCCAAGGACAUAAUAUCCAGACACAUAAUACCCACGACUCUGUACACCGGUGGCAUGAGAUAUUAUCAUCAGAGAGACACAUUGAGACCUCAGGUUACUCUGAGCAUUCAGAAAAACGGCGGUCGUGUGAGAGUUAACGAAGCACUAAUAGUAACUCACAACGUGCCAGCAACGAAUGGAGUCAUUCACGCAAUCGAUGGUGUUCUCUGAGGAGAUAAAAAAAUACAUAAAAAAGUGAAGAAUUAUUGUUUUUUCGUGACCGUGAUUCGAUGCUACAAUUUGUCAACUUUUCGAAACUGCCAAAAAACGUACAGCUUACCUAAAUCUUCCAAUUGACAUGGUUUGAAGGAGAAAAUGCCAUAAGAGGACGACCAAUCGACGAGAUGACAUUCGAUGAUAAUAUUAUUGUUUUUUAUCGACGAAAUGAGAUCGAAAAGACAGGGAGAUCAAAGGUAUUAUGACAGACUACGGAAAA